UUUUUUUUAUUUUUUCCUUUUUCUCUUUGUUUCUUUGUUUAAAUGCAUUUAGUAUGGCAACCAUAGACACAGCUUAUUAUGUUCCAACAUUUUUAGGAUUAUCCACCACAUUGGGUAUUUCGUGUGCCGUAUCGGCUACUUGUAUCAUCGGUUUCGAAAUUUGUAAACGUUGUGAUUCUAUGAAGAAUUUAUUUUCGCCACGUACACUAUUGCAAACUGACCCUGUUCCUAAACAAGCACGUCAUCUCUUUUCCUGGGUGACAUCUGUAUUUUAUUUAGAUGAACAAGACUACGUAAAAAAAGUAGGCUUAGACGCAACAAUGCAUAUUCGCUUUUUACGCAUGGUCGUUCAUUUUUUGACGUUAUUGUCUCUGGUAGUAUGUCCAAUUCUUUUGGGCUUGCAUUGGACUAGUGCUACUGAGUCAUUAGAUCAUGCUGAUAUAGCAGACGAAUUUACAUCUUUAGCUAAAAACGAAUCCUCCGUGUCCGAAGUAUCCGUGGAUCAUUUUAGGUCAAACUCGACCCUUUAUUACCUCUCUAUUGCCAAUAUUCCCAACAAAAACCCCGUGGUGUGGGUGCAUGUGUUUUUUAUUUUUACCAUCUCACUAGUAUGGUUAUGGCUUUUGUUUGUGAACCACAUUCACCAUAUUGACUUGUUACAGCAACAACCAGAGGCGAACCGGUUACAUCAACGCUCUGUUUUGAUCACACAUGUGCCACCCAAUCUUCGAAACACAACAAGUCUACAACAACACUUUGAUAGGGCUCAAAUAGGCACAGUGCAACAUGUCACGCUUGUCUCAAACACCGCUAUCAAACUAGUUGAAACCAUCCUUAAGAAAAGGCGUAAACAUAUUGAUAAAUUGGAAAUCAUGUUGAUUGGAAUGGUCUCAAACGGAAUCGCCGUCGAUUGGUAUUCCUUCAUUUCACAAAUAAAACAAAAGCCCGGUGUUGACAAAAUAAAAAUCCUCUUGCAGGAAUUGGAGGCCAUGGAUAAGGAAAUAGUUCGUCUAAGAGAUGUCAAUAGGUCGCCUGAAUAUUACAUGCCCACGGGCACUGCCUUUGUCACCUUCAACUCUGCUUAUUCGGCGCAGAUAUGUGCUCAAAUUGUCACUUCGUGGAAACCAGGUGUAUUUGAUACAAGAAUGGCUCCCGAGCCUAGAGACAUCCUAUGGCGCAGUCUUUUACGACGAGGAAGAAAAGACCGCAUCAAUGGAAAGUUCAGACAAUGGAUUGUGUUUGCUGCAGUAUGGUCUCUUACCAUAUUUUGGCUGUUCCCAAUUAGUUUUAUAUUGGGUCUAACCUCAAUUCAAUCCUUAUCGCAACACCUGGUGUUCUUGCAGUACUUCUUGAAUACCUCUUUCCUGAUUCGUUCGUUUAUCCAGAACAUUUUACCUACAUUGUUGGUCACCUUGUUUAUGAGUUUCUUGCCCUGGAUCUUAUUAGAAAUUUCUAAACAACAGGAUUUUGUGUCGUAUUCUGAAUUAGAAGAUGCAGUGUUGGGAAGAUAUUAUCAUUUCGCGAUAUUCAAUGUAUUGAUUGUAUUUCUAUUGGGCACUACUUUCCUUACAACCAUGUUGGAUGUACUUUACGAACCCACCAUGUUGAUUCAAUUAUUAGCCAAUGCCCUACCGCAAGGAGCAAACUUUUUCCUAAAUUACAUUUUAUUUAAUUCCUCUACGCAUGCUAUGGAAUUAAUCCAACUGGGGUCACAAAUAUUUGGACAUUUGCUAUUUACAUUACCCUGUAUCAGUAAGACCCCACGCAUGCGAAUGAAAAAUACAACUCCCUGGUCUUUUCCCUACUACUAUUACUAUCCAAACCAUAUACUCGUGCUAGUCAUUACCGUCACCUACUCUGUGAUUCAGCCUUUGAUCCUAAUAUUCGCUCUCUUUUAUUUUGCCUUUGCACUCAUCGUAUACCGACACCAAUACAUGUACAGUUAUAUACGUCGAUACGAAACGGGCGGAUCACGUCAUUACCGAAAGAUGACAAGGUAUACAUCGGAUGGAUUAUUAAUAUUUCAAUUUACGAUGGUGGGUUUACUUUAUCUUAAAGGCGUGAUUCCGGCUGCAACUGCGAUUUUACCUCUCAUCAUAUUCACCAUUUGGUUCAAGGUGAAAUUAAACAGUCUAUUCCAACGUCGAUCCAAACACCCUUAUAUCGGCAGAUUCGAUACAGUUCAUGGCAAUUUAAAACAGACCGAUCAAAUUCACCUAUCUUAUUGGAGGCAUCUGGAUGAUAUCUGGAAGUUUUCCUACAUCAAGAAUUGGUGGGCGGCAGGUAGGUAUGCUCAACACAGCUCCAACAAUCAAUCCACCAUGCAUUUAUCUACAUUACAACACCAUAUUCGGUCUUGCCAAUCGGACAUUACCACGGUUCAAAACACAGAGGAUGAUCUGUAUCCUUCGGUUGCAUCCAGUAUUAUGAUGGUCGACGAGAAAGAGGAAUGUGACUUAACAACGUAUCCAGAUGAUUCAAAGUCCAGACUCGCCAGUUUACGUGCUGAAGCAGAGGCACAAAACGCACUUGCCGAAGAAUAUGAAGCCAAAAUCAAGCAACUUGAAUUAGAACAUACUUCCAAGGACCAUGAACUUUUAUCUAUCCAAAUCCGUGCAAAGAACUUGGAAGACCAAUUGGAUAAGACCGAGGACAAAUUGCAAACCACCUCUGCCAACUACAACGAGGCUGAUUUAAAGGCUGAGAAUGCUGAACGUCAAGUUCAAAUGCUCGAACAAGAGUUGAUUGAUAAGGAGCAACAUUAUGAGGAACUUCUUGAAAAGUAUAACGGUGCCAAAUCCGAGUUGGAUGAGUUAGCACGUCAAUUUGAUGAGUUGUAAAUUAAUAAAUAAAUAAAUAACAUAGUUUUUCUCUUGAUCACACACGUUGUGAUUUACCACA